AUGCAGCGCGUCUCUUCCUUUCUGCCCUCCUGGGACAAGAGGAACUCGAGCUCUGGCCCUGCCAAACCACCGCCAGCAAGCGGCUUCUUUGGCUGGGCUGCCCGCAACAGUGCCAGCAUAAACAGCAAUGACAAUGCCAAAACUCAAAUAACCGGCAACGGCAGCAGCAGCAGCAGCAGCAGCAGUGGCAGCAGCGGCAGCGACGGCAACGGCCAUCUCAGCAACCCCGCUGGAAACACACUUUUGCCCAAACUCAAAUCUCCUGGCAAAUCCCUCGCCCCAAUCAAUGUUUCGGCUGCCAAUGGCGGCAGGAUCGAGCGUGAGGCCUUCUGGCCCUCGACCCUCGACGUGGAAUGUACCAAGGCGGCUAGAAUUCUCAAGUCCUUUUGCACAGACGGUUAUUUGGCACCGACGGAGGCUGUAACCUCAGCAUCAGCUGCAAAUUCCAACCCCGAGGAGCCCGGUUCUCCAGCGAAACAAAUGAAAAAGAUCCCCCAGCGUAUAAUACAAAACGCUGCUGGCAUUGCCAUCUUCACCUGCAUGAGGAGCGGAUUAUGGAUGACCGGCUCCGGCGGCUCCGGCAUUCUCAUUGCGAGAAAGUCGGACGGCACUUGGUCCCCGCCCUCGGGAAUCAUGCUUCAUACCCCAACGCUCAGCUUCAUCAUCGGCGUCGAUGUGUACGAUUGCAUUCUCGUCGUUACUAAUCUAUCCGCCUUGGAAAUGAUCACCCGGCCUCGUGUCACUCUGGGUGAUGACGUCAAGUUGAACAACGGCCCUUUGACGAGCAUGAACUCGGACGAGCCUCAUUUUAAUUGGAAACAUCUCGAUAACACCGUCUUGGCAUACAUGAAGGCCCACGGCCAACACCAAACCGCUUACCUGCAAGGCUGCAUCCUAACGGAGCGCGGUAAUGAGAAUGAGCGCUUUUACGGUCGCGACGUCACUCAAAUGGAUAUUCUAGCCGGCAAUGUUGCCCGACCCGUCCAAGAGACCACACCCUUAUUCGAGGUCAUCAAGCUGGCCGAGGGCAGAACGGAUUACGACAGGGCCGCCGUCGGGCUGACCACGAGCGAACCUGCGCCCGGGGAUGCUCUGAUAGCCACGCCCAAGUCGACUUCUGGGCACCAGCCCACCACCUCGUCUUUUGGCAUCGUCAAGGCCGAUGAUCCGGACCCCUUUGGCGUUCUGGCGUUGGAGAUGGCUGGCCUCGAAAUCCGGCAAGCCGGCAGUCGCCUGCGGCCGACCAGCAGCCAGUUUGAAGUCAACUCGAACCCGCGAAGCCCGACACUCUCCAGGUUCGACCGGCAGAGCAUGGACAAUUGCGUAACCAAGAGUAAUCGAGCUAGUGUCAGGUCUUUGGCUACGGUCAAGAGUCAGGUGACAGAUGCCGGCACGCAAACCGAUCUUGGUGCCGGCAAUGGCCCAGAGAUAACGCCGAGCCCUGGUCGGAGCGAGGAUGGGCUUGAACGAGCAUUCGUCGACCGCAUACCGGAGGUACAGGAAGACGACGACGACGAAGACGCGGUCGACUACACAGCCGUUGAUUUCACUCCCGUGAAACAUCUCACCUGGCAGCAGUCCACCGAUCUGCUUCAACCCGAACUACCACCAAUCCCUGCGAGAAGCCGGCCCAAGUCGACCGCCACCUGCAUGCUCGACGAAGAGAAGAAAGGUUCGACAGCCGAUGCAUCAUCUGCCGACAGGGAGGCCGAGGUGGAGGAUGAUACGAACGAUGCUGACGACGAAGAUGACUUGGGUGAAUCUGACGAGGAGCCUGUUAUAUUCGAAGUGGCGCAGGUUCAGCCCGCGCGGACACGGGCCGUCGUGUCACGCAUGAUCCACGCCAAGGGCAACGUGGUGAACAUUCCCAGGCGCAUUGCUCCACCGCUGCCUACUCGGAGCCCGGCGAGAAACUCGAGGUGCGCCCAGAGCGAUGUCGGCGCAGAGACUGUGAAAGCCCUGAACCCUCUGCGUCAGGCGUUUAGCGAGGCGGAUUUGCGCAACGAGGAGGAGGAGGCGGACAAGAGGAAGAGGAAGGCCCAAGAAACAAGCCUGAGGAACUCGGCCGGGUUAGCGAUGGGCGAAUCUGCGGAAAUGGCACGAACUCGGGGAGCUCCCGUUGCAAAGGGCAUCAUUCACUUCAGAGAUGUCUUCAAAAGAGACGAGAAAUCUACACGGUCAGCCUUGGCGGAUGAAAGUGCGCAGGCGACCCCUUCUCCCGAGGCAACCGCAACGACUGAUGAGCCUGCAUACAGUGUGUCGCAGGGUAGAUUUGUCCUUCCCCAGAGGUCCAGCAAGCGGCAGUCGAGAAACAGCCAAGCAAGCGUUCAAGAAGCGCUAGCUGGCGGUGAAUCUCUGGCUGCUGCGUGGGACGCGGCAGCAAAGAUGCCGCCACCGGAGGGCACUGAAGCCAAGGGUCCAUUGUCCCAAAUCGAGGCAAGCGAAUCCGAAUACGGUUCCGUGUAUCAAAUGACUGAAGAGGAGGAGCUGCUCAUUCAUGACGCACACGGACCCAAUGAUAAUUCGGACUCUACCAUGAGCAAGAGGCACACUUCGUCAAUAUUGACGGGUCUGACAGAAGAUCGCUGGAGCAUUGACCGAUCAUCUUUAACAACACCCACCUCUGACCGGAAUGUAUCGGUUGUGGAGUAUACAACCGAAGAAGACACCCCCAAGAAGAUGGGCGGGGAGGGACAGCUGGAUGACGGGGAGCACCAACUAAAAGAGACGGGUAACGAGGGUCUCACACAGCGCCAAAGCAAAGCGACAUUGCGUCUAGUCGAGACGAGCGUUUAUUGA